UUGGUUUUUCUUCUGAACCAGCUCUCUCUCUCUCUCUCUCUCGAGUGCUGCAGGCUUUUUUCUUUUCCUUCGUUUUCCCCUUACUGUGUGAAGUUUCUACGUCUUUUCCUUGUUCCGUGAUUCGUCGAUCGGACUGUCAUUUUCUCUUCAUCAAUGACUAUGAUGACUCCUCCACCUCUUGAUCAAGAAGACGAGGAGAUGCUUGUGCCGCAUUCGGAUGUAGUAGUGGAGGGUCCUCAGCCGAUGGAAGCAGCUCAAGUGGAGCCUUCUAGCACCGUGGAGAACCAGCAAGUGGAGGAUCCCCCACCCAUAAAAUUUACGUGGAGAAUUGAGAACUUCUCUAGACUAAACAUGAAAAAGUACUAUUCUGAUGUAUUUGCUGUUGGCGGAUAUAAAUGGCGGAUAUUAGUUUUUCCAAAGGGAAACAACGUGGACCACCUGUCAAUGUAUUUGGAUGUUGCAGACUCUGCAACGUUGCCGUAUGGAUGGAGUAGAUAUUCACAAUUCAGCUUGGCUGUGGUUAAUCAGGUCCAUAAAAAAUAUUCAAUACGAAAGGACACAAAACAUCAAUUCAAUGCUAGAGAAAGCGAUUGGGGUUUUACAUCAUUCAUGCCUCUUAGUGAUCUUUAUGAUCCUAGUCGAGGGUACCUUGUGAAUGACACAUGUAUUGUUGAAGCUGAGGUUUUGGUUCGUAAGGUUCUUGAUUACUGGUCAUAUGAUUCAAAGAAAGAAACUGGAUAUGUGGGACUUAAGAACCAAGGGGCAACUUGUUACAUGAAUUCUCUUCUUCAGACACUUUACCAUAUACCUUAUUUCAGAAAGGCUGUUUACCAUAUGCCAACAACUGAGAAUGACAUGCCUUCAGGAAGCAUCCCUUUGGCUCUUCAAAGUCUGUUCUAUAAACUUCAAUUUAAUGCCAGCAGUGUUGCAACCAAAGAACUUACUAAGUCAUUUGGAUGGGAUACUUAUGAUUCUUUUAUGCAACAUGAUGUGCAAGAACUCAAUAGGGUUUUGUGUGAAAAGCUUGAAGAUAAAAUGAAGGGAACUGUUGUGGAGGGGACAAUACAGCAGUUAUUUGAGGGGCAUCACAUGAAUUACAUUGAAUGCAUAAAUGUUGACUACAAAUCUACAAGAAAGGAAUCGUUUUAUGAUCUCCAGCUUGAUGUGAAAGGAUGUAAUGAUGUCUAUGCUUCGUUUGAUAAGUACGUGGAAGUUGAACGUCUUGAGGGUGAUAACAAGUAUCAUGCCGAAGAACAUGGCUUGCAGGAAGCUAAGAAGGGCGUCUUGUUUAUUGAUUUCCCUCCAGUCCUUCAACUUCAGCUGAAGAGGUUUGAGUAUGAUUUUAUGCGGGAUACAAUGGUGAAGAUAAAUGACCGCUACGAGUUUCCUCUUCAACUAGACCUUGAUAGGGAGAAUGGCAAGUAUUUAUCGCCUGAAGCAGAUAGAACCGUUCGCAACCUUUACACACUUCACAGUGUGUUGGUACAUAGUGGUGGUGUCCAUGGUGGGCAUUAUUAUGCUUUUAUCCGGCCAACCUUAUCUGAUCAGUGGUACAAAUUUGAUGAUGAGCGAGUGACAAAAGAGGACACAAAGAGAGCACUGGAAGAGCAAUAUGGUGGUGAGGAAGAGUUGCCACAGAACAACCCCGGCUUCAACAACACUCCCUUCAAGUUCACCAAAUAUUCUAAUGCAUAUAUGCUUGUGUACAUCCGUGAAAGUGACAAAGACAAAAUAAUUUGCAACGUGGAUGAGAAAGACAUAGCCGAACACCUUAGGAUAAGGUUAAAGAAAGAACAGGAGGAGAAGGAAGAUAAGAGAAGAUAUAAAGCGCAGGCCCAUCUCUAUGCUAUAAUCAAGGUUGCACGAGACGACGACCUUCAAGAACAAAUAGGAAAGGGUAUAUAUUUUGAUCUUGUUGAUCAUGACAAAGUCCGCAGUUUCCGCAUUCAGAAACAGAUACCUUUUAAUCUUUUCAAGGAAGAGGUUGCCAAGGAGUUCGGCAUACCAGUUCAAUUUCAGCGAUAUUGGAUUUGGGCAAAGCGACAAAAUCACACUUAUCGUCCUAAUAGGCCAUUGACCCCGCAGGAAGAGGCACAAUCUGUUGGACAGUUGAGGGAAGCAUCUAACAAAGCUAAUAAUGCAGAACUGAAGUUGUUCUUGGAAGUAGAGCUCGGAUUGGAUUUACAUCCUAUCGUUCCACCUGAGAAAAACAAAGAUGAUAUUCUGCUUUUCUUCAAGCUUUAUGACCCUGAGAAAGGAGAGCUAAGAUAUGUAGGUAGGCUUUUUGUGAAGAGUUCAACUAAGCCCAUUGAAAUUUUGGAAAAACUAAAUAAAAUGGCUGGCUUUGCUCCUGACCAAGAGAUUGAACUUUUUGAGGAAAUAAAGUUUGAGCCUUGUGUCAUGUGCGAACACCUAGAUAAAAGAACUUCAUUUCGACUUAGUCAGAUUGAGGAUGGAGACAUUAUUUGUUUUCAGAAAUCUCCUAUUGAUAGUGAAGAAUGCAGAUACCCUGACGUUCCUUCAUUUUUGGAGUAUGUACAUAAUCGUCAGGUUGUUCAUUUUCGAACUUUAGAGAGACCUAAAGAGGAUGACUUUUGCCUAGAGCUGUCUAAAGUUCAUACUUAUGAUGAAGUCGUAGAAAAAGUAGCACAACGAAUUGGUCUGGAUGAUCCGUCCAAAAUAAGACUGACUGCACAUAACUGCUAUUCUCAGCAACCUAAGCCACAACCUAUUAAAUAUCGAGGGGUAGAUCAUUUAUCAGAUAUGUUGGUACAUUAUAACCAGAUGUCUGAUAUUUUGUAUUAUGAAGUCUUGGACAUUCCCCUCCCAGAAUUGCAAGGUCUGAAAAAUCUGAAAGUUGCUUUUCAUCACGCCACAAAAGAUGAGGUGGUUAUUCACAAUAUUAGAUUACCUAAACAGAGUACCGUGGGUGAUGUUAUUAAUUUACUUAAAACAAAGGUUGAGUUAUCUCAUCCAGAUGCAGAACUUAGAUUACUUGAAGUUUUCUAUCAUAAGAUCUAUAAGAUCUUUCCACAUAAUGAAAGAAUUGAGAACAUAAAUGACCAGUACUGGACACUACGUGUGGAGGAGAUCCCCGAAGAAGAGAAAAACCUUGGUCCCCAGGAUCGUUUGAUUCAUGUGUACCACUUCAGCAAAGAGACGGCGCAAAACCAAAUGCAAGUUCAAAACUUUGGAGAACCCUUUUUCUUGGUCAUUCAUGAAGGCGAGACGCUGGCUGAUGUUAAAGUUCGCAUACAGAAGAAACUUCAAGUUCCAGAUGAGGAAUUCUCCAAGUGGAAGUUCGCAUUCUUUUCUUUGGGACGGCCAGAAUAUCUGCAGGAUUCUGACGUGGUCUCCAAUCGUUUUCAGAGGAGAGACAUUUAUGGUGCUUGGGAACAGUACCUUGGAUUGGAGCAUUCAGACAACACUCCCAAGAGAUCUUAUGCUGUCAAUCAUAACCGUGCCACGUAUGAGAAACCUGUGAAAAUAUACAACUGAACAUUCCCCAUCUUCCACACCAAUACUUCAGCUAUAUGAAGUACCACUUCGGCAAUUGUGGAAGAAAUGUAGAGUAUGCAAACAAGAGAGGUGCGUAUGAAGAAACAAAGCUCCUAUUGAAGUUACUCUCUAGUAUGUAGUUAUAGGAAUUCAGUGAUAUAGUUUUUGUUUUCCCUUUUCUUCUCUCUUCCUUUUUUUUUCCGGUUUAAAUUCCUGGGAGGUUAGUUUUUCUUCGGGCGUUUUACUGUUCGAUUCUUCCAUCUGGGGCUCUACCAUGUGUUUUCUAAUGCACUCAUUAAAGCUUCAGCUUUAUAAAGAGGUUGGUGGGUUAUGAAGGUCUAGUGUAUAAUUUACCAGGUACAUAACAAGUUUCUCUUUAUUUUCUUCUUUUUUCCAUCUGAGGGGAUGUAUAUUGAGUUUAUAGUUGGGCAGUGUUUUUGUCUCAUUCAUUAUUUUUACCCUCUUUUGGUUGUGCUGGUUUUCCCUAGGGUGAUGAGAUGAGUUUGUGAAAGUCUAUAAUCCUUGUGUACAUCAUUAGAACUGCAGUGUAGUAUAUAAUAUGUUCAUUUCAUCCAGUUAUGUGGGAGACCCCAUUUAA